UUCGCAUCUAUGAUGACCACUGACGACGAGAGUGCUACUAUUCAUGAUGAAAGUGCUCUAAAGUCACUGAAUACGAUCGAGCUGGUGAUUCAGGCGGGAACUUUCGUGUAUGAAAGACUAAAGAAAGCAAGUGGUCAUCGAAUUCAGUUUGGUGAAACCGUGGUGAAGCCCCCCGCAAGCCUCCGCAAAUUCAAGAGCAAUGAAGAGAAACCCUUCAAAUUUGUCUUCCAGUACCGUCCUAAAGAUAUGCUUCAGGCUCUUGGCAUCAUGCCACGCGAUCCUACCCCUCCUACGGUAGUCAAGCCCGACGAUGGUGAAACCGAGACGGACGGAGACAACGAAUCCGAGGAAGAUCCAAAAGUGGAAGCCCAAAUUCAGGAUCUUCAGAAACAACUUGACGAAUUGCGUCAACGCUGCAAGAGGAAAUCUGGUGUCAAACGGGAAGGCAGAGAUGGACGGCACAAGCGUAUUAAAGUGGAGCGGAUCGAGGUGCCUCGUUCCCUGGUCCCCGGCGAAGUGAUUGACUUGACGAUGUGA